AUGGCCGAUAAAAAACACAAACAUGGUGUAAAGUUAUACGUUGUGUGCGAAAGUUCUGGUACUGCGUUACGAAUAAAAGUAUAUACGAGAAGUGGUGACGAUAUAAGUGGAAAAGGACAUGUAGAUAAAGUUGUCUUUCAUUUGAUGAAAGAUUUUCUAAAUCAGGGACAUUCUGUUUUCAUGGACAAUUAUUACAGUUCUUUUGGUAUAGUUUCAAAAUUGCUACAAUACAAAAGUUACUGUACAGGAACAUUUAGAAAGACAAGGAAAGGAGACUUUAAGACUUGGAAUGAAUACAAAGCAACGUUAAAAGAAUACGAAAAUAAAUAUAAACGAAAUAUUUUGGAACCAAUUGCGUUCCAUUAUUACAGCAAUUAUAUGAACGGGAUAGAUCGCAAAGAUCAGAUGCUGUUUUAUUAUUCUUGCUCAAGGAAAACAUUUAAAUGUUACAUCAAAUUAUGGAUUCAUUUAGUUGAAACUUUGGUUUUUAAUUCCUUCAAUUUAUACAAAACAUACUCACCGACAAUAAGAACAUUGAGUUUUAACGAGUAUCGUCUAGAGAUUUUAAAAAACUUAAUUGGAAACCCCCGAGACAGAAGGUCGACAACACCAGAAACAAAUGAUCACCUACCUGGAAUUUUACUAAGAAAUAAAAAUAGGAAUGUAAACAGAAAGAUUUGCCGAGAGUACUACAAAGAAGGAAAAUAUAAACGUAGUAAUUACCUUUGUCCUGCUUGUAUCGGUAAUCCUAGAUUAUGUUUGGGAGAAUGUUUCAAGCGCUACCAUCAAACAACUAAUGUAUAA